GGCAGCUCUCCUGCAUUAUAACAACCACCGCCCCCUUUUCAUUCGUUCCCCCCAAACCUGAGUUCAGCUGGUAUUUGCGAAGCUUGGUUCAUCCUACCAAUGAUGCUUUGGCCACUACUAUACAAGGACCUUAACGAGUCCCAGAGAGAACUUCGUCGGAAGUCCCUCGAUUUCAUUGGAUACUCGGUGCUGUUCUCACAGCUGACGGCAUUAGUGUAUGUCUAUAUCUACGCUAAUUUUCUGAGACGUGGGGCUGUUAGGAGAUUGGAAUGGCGUCUUAGGUACCGUAUCCUAGGAGGUAAAACCCCCACGAGGGGUAAGGUGCAGAGUGUUGGCGCAGCUCUCGUUUAUUGGGCGUGGAUGGGGUUGAUGAUAUGGCUUUGUGUUAAGGAUGUUGAUCAUGACUAUAUUCACCUCACAAGGGCAUUCGGCAUGGCAGCUGCGGCAAGUCUUCCGCUGAACGUACUUCUGGGGAUGAAGUAUAGUCCAUUGAAACUAGUUUUCCCGAAUUGCAGUUAUGAAGGACCAGUGAAUGUCGUACACCAAUGGCUGGGAAGCCAGAUAUACCUACUCCUGACCGUGCAUGCUUGUUUGUACUUGAAGUUCUUCUGGGACACUUCCCGCAUGAAGACCCGCCUGCUGGAAGCGGACGCCCUCUGCGGUGUCUGGGCUUUUGGCGUCAUGACAAUCCUGGUCACUUCUGCCUACCCUCUCGUCCGAGAGUCCUUCUACUCGGUCUUCUACAACCUCCACAUCAUAAUAUCAGGCCUCCUCCCACCCCUUCUGUACUUUCACGUCAGCCACUCCCGCCCAUACAUAAUCGCCACUGUCGGGAUGUUAAUCGUUGACCGAGUCCUCCGAGUCAUGUCUACAAUGUCCACUACCGCAACUAUAUCUCUAGAUCCUCGGUCUUCAAUCCUGGAUAUAUUAGUCUCCUUCCCGAACAAACCGCCCCCACCCGCGGGAUCGCACAUCCUACUCAACGUCCCGUCGCUAUCACUAUGGGCAAAGAACCCCUUCACGGUCGUCGAGUCUGGGAGCGGGCACGUGAGGAUGGCAGCAAGAGUGCGAGGAAACUUCACGAAGAAAUUGGUGAGGGUGGCUAAAGUUCCCGUAAAUAUCGAAAGUGGGUAUGGCGGGCAUGGGGUCAGCAGAGAGUUGGUUGGCGGCGUGGAUAGAGCGCUGCUGAUUGCCGGAGGGAUUGGCGGGACGUUUGCCCUUCCUUGGGCGCGGUUUCUGAAAGCCAAUGGUGUCGAUGCCAGGUUUCUGUGGGUUGUUCCGAAAGUGGGCGACUUACUGUGGGCUCGGGAUGGAGUCGCUUUGGCCGAGGUUUAUAUCACGGGAGGGCAUAACGGAAAUGGCGAGGGCAGAGACGAAGAAGGGAUGGAGCUCCUUGAUGCGAGUAGUUCUCGGGAUGCGCUGAGCGCUCACCCGCUCAGCCUCAGCUCUGGAAGGCCGGAUAUUCGAGAAGCUGUUGGAGAGCUUGUAGGAAGAGAUAAGAGAGCGUUAGUCAUGGUAUGCGGCCCGGAUCUGAUGGCAGAGGAUGUCAAGAAUGCUGUAAGAAGUCAUGUUCUCGCUGGCAGAGACGUGACAUGUCAUAUGGAGGUUUUCGGACAUUAAUCUAGUUUUCUUGGAGGGGGGGUUACUAUUUCACUUUCUUUUUAUAGAAUACGAUACCGGUAGUUAAGGAUACCAACCCGUGUAACUUCCGUAAUAAUAUGGCGAGGGAGCUCCAUGACUGGAAUAGG